CCGAAAACCACAGUAAAGCGAGUCGCCAAUCAAAUAACCCGGUCAGUAAACAGAGCGAGAGUGAGAGAGGAUAAGAGCGUGUCUCAUUUGGAUUAAAAUAAACGCUUUCGUCAUUUGGCUCUGGUCAAUGCACUGAACACGGGAAAACGCCGCCUGAUCGCGAUCUAUCAAACAACACAACAAUUCAGCGCACCGAUCCGCCCAAUAAUAAACGAAAAGGACUAUGACCGCACACAGUUUAGCGACAUAGGCGAUGCAAGAGGCCGUGCACACGUGUGAAUAAUGUGUUGUACCUCUGAAACCACCCACAUAUUUGAUGCUCAGACAAAGCUUCAAGUGGGGGAGACAAGAACAGCCAGACAGGUGUGAAAAAGGGCAAUGUCACUUCUGAAGCAGGAACUGGAAAAUCCAUGGAAACUACGUAGAAACUAGCUGUGAUGUCUGAAAUUGAAAGAUAUUCUUGGCUAGUCGGUUAGAGGUGCCAUGCGUUUCGUAUAGUUAUCUUGCUGUGGUAUUUAUAGUUGCUGUGGUCCCAUUUUUCUAAGUUUUUCUUUAUUAAAAACACGGGCUUGCGAUAAUGGAAUGAUUUUAAUACUUUUAAAAAGUAACAUUUAUGGUGACACAGAUAGCAGAGAAUAGAUGGGGUGCUUGAGUAUUACUUGGUGUGUGUACAUGCGUGCAGAGUGCUCUGGGGCUCAAGCACCCACGGAAAAGCACAAGAUAUUCCCGAUUGGGCGAUUACCUGAGAGAUGAGACAUUUCAAGCCCAAUGAACUUGUUGUGCAACCCGUAGUACCGCCAAGCUCCUUCCUGCGUUCUUCUUGUGCACUGCAGCACCCCCUAUAGGAACAUGUCUGCAGCGCAAACACAAAAUGAUAGGGAGCAGCGUUGGGGCUGUCUAGAAUCUCUGGGCCUCAGCCAGAGGGAACUGGUCCUAGCGGAAGCACUGCAAAUGGAAUACGAUGCCCUUGCCCGCCAUCGACAGGACAAGGGUCCAGGAAGUACGCUACCCGCAGACACCAGCAAGUCGUCCCCCUCGAGGAGUGAGCCCUCCAUGCCUAGACGUGUUCCCAGUCCUCCUUGGAAUCAUUUGCAACAGGGUGUGUCAGGAUCUGACCCCAUCCUCAAUCAUGUUCAGCCCGGGGUGUCGAACCUCUCACGUUCUGUUGGCGAAUCUCACAGCUAUCGUAAAGAAACUCAAUACAUUCUGGAUGAAUGGGAAAAUGACUUUGAGGGAACGUCCCAAUUGCUAACGAAGGGACUCCCACCUCUAGAUGAGCCUCCACCGGUGCCGCCCAGAAACCCCAUCCCCCAGAAUGAUCCGUUCAUUGUCCAUCGAAACUCAUCUCCACGGGAUGUGAAUUUGUUCACUCCAGAGGUGGACCAGCCCAAGCUUUCAUCCGGAGACACUCUUAACUACGAUAACCUCAAUGACUCUCUGAGCAAGCUCAAUGUGGAUUGGCCAUCACCUCGAAGCCGAAGAGUAAAUGGGGACAAAUCAGGGAAGGCGGUAGCUCGCAGCAACACUCUUCCACCUCAGGUUCCCCCCCGCAGCUAUCUUCCAGUGCAGAAGAGCACUAGAAGCCAGCGCAGAGUGUCAGUUGAUCCGGUGUCUCUGGGGACCAGGCCUAAUGGCUUUGGCUAUGAGCUCUUUCAGGUAUCAGAAGAGAGGGAUGAGGAGGUGGCAGCCUUCUGUCAUGUACUUGACUUGUUGCGAUCGGCGUACCCAUACAAUGAUUGCUCAAAAAAUGCAGGCUUUGUGUGGAGCCCAUGUGUGGCACAGGAGGAACUACAGCAGGGACUGGGGGUCAGCAUCAAGGUCACCGUUUACAGCGACCACUUCAGAGAGCCGCUCACCUUCUCUUGUGAUGGAUCCUCCACCGUAGACCUGCUAAUCUAUCAGACUCUCUGCUAUGCCCAUGAAGACUUGGAUAUGAUUGAUGUGGAUGACUACCUACUAAAAAUCUAUGGCCAGGCAGAGUUCCUCAAAAACAAUCAGACUCUGGUGAGCUUUGAGUACAUCCAGCAGUCUUUGAAGUUCGACUGGGACAUUCAACUCUGUCUUACCAAAAGAAGUUCUGUGAACAUGGAACUCAUUCGAACGAUGGAGGAUGAUGAGACUCCAUCCACCAUGAACCACAAUAUUGUUCUGCAAGAGAGGCCAAUCAAACAGACUGUGACCAGGGAGGCGUUGACUCUACUCCUGGACACCUUUCACAAUGAAGCAGAGUCCUUCCUUUUAUCGGAGGUGGAGUUGCCAUUGCAUGUGGAGCGGUUAGUGCAGUCAGUAAAGGCCCUGUGCAGCUCCCUAGCAGCUGUUGAAACACCUGACAUCACUGCUGCCCUCAACCAGCUGCCAGCGUGCCCUUGCAGACUGCAACCUAAAGUGCAGAAGGAUGUCAGUGUCUUGGCAAAGAGAGAAAAUAGAGCAAAAAUAGUAGAGAAGUUGACCGCAGUCAUCUUGGAUCUUGUUGAGCUCUACUGUAGCACUUUCAAUGCUAAUUUUCACACCGUGCCACACAGCAGCAGAGCCACAGCCCCCAUACAGGAAGCUGGAAUGAUCACCAAUGUCCUUUCUUUUAGCGUGUAUGCAGCUCAUCGCAUCCCCAUCACAUGGGCUGCCAGUUAUGAAAAUUUCUUCCUGUCCUGUUCUCUCACCCAUGGUGGGGUGGAGCUCUGUGCACCCCAGCACACCAGUAAACAGUCAGUCAGCAAAUAUCUCUUCCACUUGGUGGUUUGGGACCAGAGAGUUUGCUUCCCCAUCCAGAUCAACCAGUUGCCAAGGGAGUCACAGCUGACCGUGACGCUAUACGCCACCCCUUUACCGCCCCCUGCCGGGGCGGAGGAGAAGAGCAAGCAGAAACGCAGUAUAGAAGCUCUUGGCUGGGUCACCAUGCCCCUAUUCAACUUUAGACAUGUUCUGACGUGUGGGAGGAAGCUACUAGGUCUCUGGCCUUCAACUCCAGGCAGUGGAAACGCUCGGUCCAGUAUGCCCAACUUCAGCCAGCCAGACAGCGUAAUCCUCCAGGUGGACUUUCCCACUUCUUCAUUCGAGGUACGCUUUAGCACCCCUGCUCCUGCAGAGUUCAGUCCCAAGUACGAGUUCUCCCUCCUGGACCAGGUUAGCCAAAGGCAGCUACAUGAUGUCCUGCACAAGAAGUCUCUUUUCUGGUUGAGUCCAGAGGACAAGCGUCUGCUGUGGGAAAAGCGUUAUUUCUGCCAUGUGGAGGCCAGUCGUUUGCCGCUGGUCCUGGCCAGUGCUCCCAGCUGGGAGUGGGCAUGUCUGCCUGACAUCUACGCACUGCUUCGCCAAUGGGGAUGCAUGAACCACCUGGACACCCUAGGCCUCCUGAAUGCCUCGUUUCCAGAUCAGGAGUGCAGGCGCACAGCUGUACAGUGGAUGGACUCCAUCUCAGAUCCUGAGCUUUUGGACUUCCUUCCUCAGUUAGUGCAGGCUCUGAAGUACGAGUGCUAUCUGGACAGUCACUUGGUGCGGUUUCUGCUGAGAAGGGCCAUUGGAGAUGUGCGCGUCGCUCACUACCUCUUCUGGUUGCUGAAAGAUACUCUUCAGGACUCUCAGUUCAGUGUGAGGUAUCAGUACCUGCUGGCCGCUCUGCUCUGCUGCUCUGGUCGUGGUUUGAGGGAGGAGUUUGAUCGGCAAUGCUGGUUGGUCAACAUUCUGGCUAAAGUGGCCCAGCGGGUCAGAGAUGCCUCCCCUUCAUCCAGACAGGCUAUUCUCCGUGAGGGUCUGGAGGAGGUCCGAGAGUUCUUCUCUAUAAAUGGCAGCUGUCGACUUCCCCUCAACCCGGGCCUGCUCGUCAAGGGCAUCAACAUACAGUCUUGCUCCUACUUCAACUCGAAUGCAGUUCCCCUUAAGCUCUCCUUCCAGAACCAGGAUACUCUUGGAGACAACAUCAAUGUCAUCUUUAAGUCUGGAGAUGAUUUGAGGCAGGACAUGCUGACCCUGCAGAUUAUUCGGAUAAUGAAUAAGAUCUGGAUCCAAGAGGGGCUGGACAUGAGGAUGGUGAUCUUCCGUUGCUUCUCUACUGGGCGGGGCAGAGGCAUGGUGGAAAUGAUUCCCAAUUCAGAAACCCUAAGGAAGAUCCAGGUUGAGCACGGAGUGACUGGUUCCUUCAAGGACCGGCCGCUGGCAGACUGGUUGCAGAAACACAACCCCACUGAGGAAGAGUAUGAAAAGGCGGUGGAAAACUUUAUCUAUUCGUGUGCUGGUUGUUGUGUGGCCACCCACAUUCUGGGCAUCUGCGAUCGUCACAACGACAAUAUUAUGCUGAAAACAAGCGGACACAUGUUCCACAUCGACUUCGGCAAGUUCCUGGGCCAUGCACAGAUGUUUGGCAGCAUCAAACGGGACCGGGCUCCUUUUGUGUUUACGUCCGACAUGGCGUAUGUCAUCAAUGGAGGUGACAAGCCAUCAAGCCGUUUCCAUGACUUUGUGGACUUGUGUUGCGAAGCCUACAAUCUCAUAAGGAAACACGCACACCUCUUUCUCAAUCUGCUCGGCCUGAUGAUGUCCAGUGGUAUUCCAGAGUUGUCUGAUGUGGAUGAUUUAAAAUACGUUUAUGAUGCUCUACGACCACACGAGUCUGAAGCAGAUGCCACCAUGCACUUCACCAGGCUAAUUGAAUCUAGUCUGGGCAGUGUGGCCACUAAGCUCAACUUCUUCAUCCAUAACUUGGCCCAAAUGAAGUUUGCAUCCUCUGAGGAGCGCCCUGUACUGUCUUUUGCUCCACGUGUCUACACCCUGAAGACUGACGGCCCAAUUCGCAGCCUGUUUGUUUGCAGACACAUCAAAACCUACUCCCCAAGCAAGGGCUACUCUUAUGUUGUAAAAGUAGAGCGAGAAGGUCAACAGGGAGCAACAUUAGUCCAGAGGACCUUUGAGGAGUUCCAUGAACUUCACAGUAAACUACAGCUCAUAGUCCCUUCCUCAAAACUACCCAGCUUUCCCAGCCGCUAUGCGAUUGGUCGAUCUCGAGGGGAGGCCCUGGCAGACAGAAGGAAAGAGGUGCUAAAUGGAUAUGUUUGGCAUUUGAUCCAUGCUGCUCAAGAGGUGGCACAGUGCGAUCUCAUCUACACCUUCUUUCACCCUCUACCAAGAGACGAACGGGCUGGAAGUGUAGGAACUGUUGUAAAUACAUUUCAUAAUAAGCCAGCAGAUGUGUCUUGGGCUCCUGUGCCCGGUAAGGUGGCAGGUGAAGUAAAGCUCUCGAUUUUGUACAAGAGCGACAAAAUUUUCAUUAUGGUGAUGCACAUCAGAGGCUUGCAACCUUUGCAGGACGGAACAGAUCCUGAUCCCUACGUCAAACUGUACCUCCUCCCUGACCCCCAGAAAACCAGCAAGAGGAAGACUAAGGCAGCCCGUCGCACAUGCAAUCCCACUUACAAUGAAAUGCUGGUGUAUGACCGGAUACCACAUGGUGACUUGCAGCAGAGGACCAUUCACUUGCGAGUACUGAAUGAGGGAGCAUUCUGGGAGAACACCCUGUUGGGUGAAACCAUCAUCCACUUGAAAGACCUCACACCAGGCCAUCGCUGCGUGGAUUGGCACCAACUGGGCACUAGAGGCUUUGACAUAAACCGUUAAAAGAGAAUACCGAGACUGGCGUGUGCAUGUGUUUGUGUUUGUCUUUGCUUAUGGGUCGGGGAGUUGGAGAUGCCCAGCUGCUCAGAAGGCUGUUUCCCCCAGUGGGGGUGUUUUGUUGUUGAUUCUCCAACCCAGGAGACGUGUAGAUUCGGUGAUGGAAUGUCAUCACUUGAUACUGUUCUGGUGGGGUAACGUGCACCAUGUGAACCAGACCUUGGAUGAAAGAAUGCAGUUUUUGGUAACAAUGGGACAAAAACCAUUUGGUGACACAAGGAUUGGCAAUGACCAAGAAAGGACAUUUCAAGAUGAAACUUACAUGCACCAGAUUUUUGGGGUGAUUUCUAGAAAUCUGUUUACAGUUUGCUGUUCAUAUUCACGAAAUUUUAAAGCCCCAUUUUGUCUUCUUGAGAGUGCAAAUUUAAGUUAUUUUCUUUUUAAGAUGUGUCUCUAUUGUGGCUCAAUUUUGAGCCAUGUUGUGUCUUGUGACAUAAGUUGUUUCAGAUUUGGCAAAGGUUUAUCUAGAAAUUAACAAUGUGAGGCUGCUUUUGUACUGUUAACCACUGGUAAGUUUGCAUUGCCUAUGGCAGGAAUUUAUCUGAUCACCAGGAAAAGGGAAAAAUGCUUGAUAGUCUUUGGCUUCAAAAAGAAAUUUGAAACUUGGCUAAUAUAACCACUGCAGUGGAAAUGACAGUUGUACAAUUAUUUCAUACUGAUAGUUUGCAUAUUUACUGAUCAAUUUACCUAUAUGGUUUUGAGGACUAAAGAAACAAGACUAAUUGUAUGAAUCUAGACCUAAGCUGUUUUGUCAUCAGCAGAGUGAAUGUAGAUAUAUAUACAAUAAUUGGGUGCAACCAAACCAUGAAUUGCAUGUACAGUAUAUUGACAACAGAGACAACCUCUGAGGAAAAAGGAAACAUAAACGUCUAACCUUUCUUUCUUUCUAAAAUUAUGGCACAAACUUUAUAUGCUGGGAAGGCUUUUGAAGGGACUUGACCUCAGGGUCAACAAUUUUGCCUUGUUGGUAUAUAAGCAUUAUCUACACAUGAAAAUUUAUAUUUAAAAAUAGUUGAUUUGCAUGUUGUGAAAUUUGCUACUGGAUAAAUAUUGCACUUUUGCAUUUGUUUGUCAAGUACAAUGAACUCACUUUUUUUCCAAGUUUUAUUGGUGAUUAUAAUUUUUUGUUUUGGUCAAAGGAAAUGAAAUUAAAGCUUUACACUGUAGUUCCAUCAGUAUUUCCAUUGCUUCUUAUGUAAAACUGCAUGUAAAUUUAGUGCUAAAUAUACCACAGGAGCUUCUCUUUUCCCUGAGAAACUUGUCCUGGGAAACACUUUGCAUUCCAAUUUGCUUUGCACUCAGUUUGAUUUUGAGGAGAAAUACCUGAUAGCUGAAUGACAGGUCUAAGGUAUAAUGGGGGAAAAAAAGAAGUGAUUUGUUGUUUGUUUGUUUUUAUUAUUAUUAUAUCAUUGGGUUAGAACUUAUAGGAAAAGUAUGAGAGGUUUUGAGCAAAACUACAUCACAGGACCUUUUUUCAUUCUUUUAUUGAAUUCAUACCUUGAUAAAUAAAUAACUUGCCAGUCAAAAGUUCAACCCCUGUAUGUCAAGGUGCUGUAACAAUCAUACCAUAUUCACAAUAGCACCAUCUUUUAGGGAUAGACUUACCAUCUCUUCAAUGGCAUGUACUAAAAGCUAUAAUUGUCCACAAUUAUUUUGUCUACUGAUAUUUCUUGGAAAGAUAUUUUUUCAAUGUUUCGUCAUCAGAACGAUCCAAAAAACUUUAAACAACCGCAUGUCUAUCCCUCAGCCUCGAUGUCAUUCCCGUCAAAAAUCAAAGAUGGCGCUGCCGUGAAUAAGGUGUAAUUCUAGUCUGAUCAUCCAUGAGCCAAAUUAGUCCAUUUUCUGUGGCUCUUUCUAACCAGACAAACAUGUCCCUUUCAAAAAUGUUGAAUUUACAAGUAGUGAACUUUUAUUUAAAAUUAUGAAUGGUAAAAAAAAAAAUUUUUUCCCUCAAGGGCACUACUGUGUGAAGUUUAACAUAUGAGAAAUGAUUGUACCAUUGCAUGCCAACCCAUGAGCAAAACCGAUUGUUCGAAAAGGGAUCUUUUUGAUGUGAAUGUGCAGAGUGUGGGUAUAAAGGUAUAAAACUUCAAUAACAUCAGUGACCCUUAUUUAAAUAACAAAAGAGGAUGUAAGGGCAACAAAUAGGAUUAGCACACUGUAAAAGCUGAGAAUAUAAUUGUGAUGGGAUUUAUGGAUAGAAAUGGGCUUUAUCCCAUUUUUAGACAAAAUGUGUAAUGUGUUCUAAUUUCAAACCAUGUGUUUUUUUUUUUUUUUUUUGUUGUUUUUUUUUUUACUUUAUUUGCACUUAAUAAAUGCACAGGAAAGCGGAUUUGAAAACAGUGAAUGUUUUUGCCUUUGCUGCCUAUAGCCUAUUUGCCUUUGUUGGGUUUUGGACACUCAUUGCCUACUAAACCUGUAGUACAAUAUGGUGCAAUUAACAAUGACAAAUGAUGAAACAAAAUACAAACGCUAAUCUUUCUCCAGUAAUUCCCCUUUCCCAGACAUGUACAAAUUUCAGUUGCAUAGCACUGACUGCUACAAUCCGAUUUACUGAGUGAGACAACAGUGACUUUAUCCCAUAUGCCAUUUUGGCUACCAUAACACUGAGGUAAGAAUUACAUCAGGCCUGGGCUUAUCAUAAAUGCUUUUAAUUGCUUGUCUGUGAAGUGCAUGUUCUUCCACAUUACGAAUUAUGAUUCGGACAAAUCUCCAGAGAAUUAAGAUGACAAAUGUCUUGUUCAUCCAUGCAUGCCAAUGCAUCAAAUUAUAACAUCCCACUGUGAAUACAUUUAAUUAGGAUAACCUGGAAAUAAAAUUAAGCUCUCUUCUCACUUCACAAACUAGUCUGUAAAUGGACAGACAAAAGUGUUUUUUAAAUGAAAUGCGUGGCAUGGGUGUGAUUCAGAAAGUACUGUAAUGAAGACUAGCUCAUAAUGUGUUGUUGAAAUUUAAUUAAAAGCAAUUGAAGGGACAUUGCACAUUCUUCAGGUUAUCUGCAUAGUCAAGCCCAUUAUAAACAUUAACCCUGUACCGGAAGUAUUCUCCAAAAUAGUCAUUGCACAGACCUAAUUACAAAUGGAUCUGUCAGAUAUGCUCGAAAUCUCACUAGACUAGAUUAGUCCAAAUGAUUUCCAUUUUGCGGUUUAAUCAAAACUCCCACAGAAGAAGGCAACAAUAUGCGACUGGACGGACACAGAAGAUUUACUUCAUCAGAAGGGGUUUCUGUAUGUAUUGCAUGGUCAUUGCGUGACAUGCACUGAAUAUCUUAUCUACUGUUACACACGUCUCACAAAGUACCACGUGUUAGGGUUGCCACCCGUCCCGUAAAAUACGGCAUAGUCCUGUAUUUAAAGAUAAAAUGAUUCAAUGCGGGGCGCGAUUUGUCCCGUAUUUAAGCUGGUAGAUGGCUUCACAGUGAAAUCGUUCAAGAUCGCCAAUUUAACAUUUGAUACAAGUUGUAAAAUUUGCCUACUGUGGGUAAGGGACCGUCUGAAAAGUCCACACAUUGUGCCAAAACGUGCUAAUACUGUGGGGGGUGUAGUAAGGGACCGUCUGAAAAGUCCACAAAUGGUGGUAAAACUGUGGAGUUUUUUUUCUAUAUAAAUGUUCAAUAAGAUCCAUGUAUGAAUACAAUCAUAAAGACAAGUACAGGUGAAGGAAAAAAAUAAAUAAAAUUAAAUUAUAAAAAAUAUGUAUAAACCAUCCAAAAUGUA